GGGGGAGGCUGAGCGUUCUCGCCCGGUCAUCUAGGGAAGAUGGCCCAGGCGGAGGAAAUCGCUCCCACGCCCUGCUGUCCCCUCCCCUGAGCUGGGGGAAGGGACCCAUCUAGAAGGGAGACCCCCUCUCUCUUUCCCGCCCGCCCCACGCGCGCCGCGGGAAUGGCUCCGUGGCCUCACGGGAACAGCUCUCUGGCCUCGUGGCCGGCUGCCCCCACCCCGACGCCCAAUACUGCCAACGCGAGUGGGCUGCCAGGGCUGCCGUGGGCGGUGGCCUUGGCGGGGGCGCUGUUGGCGCUGGAGGUGCUGGUCACCGUGGGAGGCAACCUGCUGGUAAUCGUGGCCAUCGCUCGGACGCCGAGACUCCAGACCAUGACCAACGUUUUCGUGACUUCGCUGGCCACAGCCGACCUGGUGGUGGGACUCCUGGUAGUGCCGCCGGGGGCCACCUUGGCGCUGACUGGCCACUGGCCCCUGGGCGCCACUGGUUGCGAGCUGUGGACCUCAGUGGACGUGCUGUGUGUGACGGCCAGCAUCGAAACCCUGUGCGCCCUGGCCGUGGACCGCUACCUGGCAGUGACCAGCCCGCUGCGCUACGGCGCGGUGGUCACCAAACGGCGCGCCCGGGCAGCAGUGGUACUGGUGUGGGUCGUGUCCGCCACGGUGUCGUUUGCGCCCAUCAUGAGCAAAUGGUGGCGCGUGGGAGCCGACGCCGAGGCCCAGCGGUGCCACUCCAAUCCACACUGCUGCGCCUUCGCCUCCAACAUACCCUACGCGCUGCUCUCCUCCUCCGUCUCCUUCUACCUUCCGCUUCUCGUGAUGCUCUUCGUCUACGCGCGCGUUUUCCUCGUGGCCACGCGCCAACGGCGCCUGCUGCGCCGGGAGCGGGGCCGCUUCCCGCCGGAGGAGUCCCCGCCGCCGGAGGAGUCUCCGCCGGCUGCGUCUCGCUCUCCGUCCCCCGCCCCGGCCGGGCCGUGCCCCUCGCCGGCAGGGGUGUCCGCCUACGGUCGGCGGCCGGUGCGCCUUCUGCCUCUCCGGGAACACCGAGCCCUGCGCACCUUGGGUCUCAUCAUGGGUACCUUCACUCUCUGCUGGUUGCCCUUCUUUGUGGCCAACGUGACGCGCGCUCUCGGGGGCCCCUCUCUGGUUCCCGGCCCGGCUUUCCUGGCCCUUAACUGGCUGGGCUAUGCCAACUCCGCCUUCAAUCCGCUCAUCUACUGCCGCAGCCCCGACUUUCGCAGCGCCUUCCGCCGCCUGCUGUGCCGCUGCCGGCGGAAGGAGCACCACGCCGCCGCCUCCCCGCCCGGCGACCCCUCGGGCGCCCCUGCGGCACUGACCAGCCCCGCGGAGUCCAGGCAGUGCCCACCGCUCGACGGGGACACACAUCAUUGGAUUUGGAGCCUAUCCUAAUCCGGAAUAAUCUCAUCUCAAGAUCCCUACCUUAGUUAUAUCUGCAAAGACCCUUAAUCCAAAUAAGGUCACAUUCUGAGAUUCCAGGUUGACAUAUACUUGGGGGCUACCAUUCAACCCACUACUAUAGUGACAGACACUUACGAAUCCUUUAACUGAGAGUGCUGGUCUUGAAGAUUGCCAGCCACUCCAGUUGCCCCACAGGAAAGGGCUUUUCUCUCCAGAAGCUCUUAGACUCUGUGGUAGGCAGAGCUGAGAACUCCCAAGGGCCCCUGUCCUUGUAUAAUUCCCUCCCCUUGAAUGUGGCUGGGACGUAUAAUUUUCUUCGAAGAAAUAAUAAUAUGGCAAAAGUGAUGGGGUAUCACUCCUGUGAUUACGUUAUAUUACAUGACAGAGGUGAAGGGUGAGAUGUAAUUAAGGUCUCUAAUCAAUUGAUUUAAUUUAAUUAAAAGGCAGAUUAUCCUGGGUAGGUCUGACCUAAUCAAGCUAGCCCUUUAAAAGAAGGUCGGAGGUCAAAGAUGGAAGAAGUCAGAAAGAUACUCUUGCUGGCCUCGAGGAAGCUAGCCACCAUGAAUUCCACAACUGCAAGGAAGUGGAUCCUGCCAACAAGCACGUGAGUUGGAAGAGUACACUGAGCGUCAGAUGAGACUGUGGCCCUGGGGACAUCUUCACCGUAGCCUGGUGAGACCCUGAGCAGAAGAUCAAGCUCCUGCGUACACAGACUCUUGAGACAUGGAAACUGUGAGGUGGGGCUGGAACUCACGACCCUGAGAUCAAGAGCUGCACACUCCCCGGAUGCCCCCGUCUGGCGGUGUUUUUAAAGGUUUCCCAUCAGAAAUCAAAAUCCAGUGGGACCACAAGCCCAGGAAGAUCCCAUGACCUGCCACAGUUUACUAUUCUCCCAAGGGACUACUGGAGACUCUUGCUUGGGCGUCUGAGGAACAGGGUCUUUCAGUCUUUAUCUUUCAUGAAGGCCUGAGGGAAUGACCAGUCAUUCUAUGAUUCCUUGGCCCCCACACACCUUUUUAAGAAAAUGGGGAGCUAAAGGUUCAAAAGCGAUUUAUUUCUGAGUUGCUGGUGAGGAGCCAUCCUUUAUACCACAAAGACACAACAAACAAACGUAGUUCCCAAAAUCUCUUUAGCAAGAAACAAGAAUUGUUGCUUCCCCUGUUGGUAUUCUCAGAAGGGAGAAGGGAUGGGUCACUUCCGCCCAGGGAAGAGAGAAGUGGGGACAGGAGACCUUUGCAUCAGCUCAGCGCCACCCACGGUGUCUCUGGUUUCUCUCCAGUCACUGGAUCAUGCCAGUUAGAUCUCAGUAAAGCUGGGAAAAAA